CCAUAGAAUCUUUACAGUUCACAUGACAACAUUUGAUUCGGUACCAGUCUUCUUUCACUAUUAAUGGUUGCGUAAUGACCAAACAACAAACACUGUAUUGAUGCCAUAAAGAUGCUUUGCACUCACUGACUACUUAACAGGAUUCUUUCGUUCUUUCACGAUGUCUGGGUGAAGAAACAGAUAUUAAAAUAUGAAAUGACACUAUAAGAAAUCUAUUUUACAGCGUUGACUCUUUACAUGAGGUGACGUGGCUGAGAAGUAGCAAUGGCUAUGCGUGAUCUUGUUGAAGGGGAAUGUGGUGGUGCAAACCCGUUAAUGAAAUUAGUUUCUUAUUACACAAAAGACAAAUCAUUAAAUCAAGCAGGCAUUCAAAGUCGUGUUUCAGGAUUUGGCAAUUCACAGAUAAUGUCUAUCAAUUUUCUCAGAAUCACCAUGCUUUCCAUGAAGCAACAGAACAAGAGCUUGUUGGUGAAUAUUUCAACAUACAACAACAUUAUGGAGCUCCACAAACAUUUCAUAUGGACACCUUGCUUCAUGAGAUCAAUCAAGUAGAUGAUUUAUCCCUUCAUCAUCCUUCAUCAGAUAUGAAUCCAUGGACCAGAGAAUAUCUUGGCACUGAUGAGCAUAAAGAAACUUGGGUUGAGGAAUUUGAGGAAGACGUGGGUUAUUAUCAUAAUGAUCGAAGGAGAGACAGGUUUCAAGCACAGCAAACUGUUCCCACAAAAUGGGCAUCAGAAUAUUUAGAAAAUUUAGGACCAGCUGAGGUAAAUCACGAAAUAACCAGUCAAAGAUUGAAACGUCCAGAAUUGAAAAAUUCAAGUAGCUCCGAUGUGAAACAUGCAGAAGAUUCACGACUCUUUAAUUCUAAGAUGAUAGGUGUAGAUAGUGGCUUUGAAGUGAAAUCAGGUGAAGUUGCUGAACGAUGGGUUGAUGAGUAUGAAGCGGCCAUUUCAGGAGAUGAAUAUGAUUGGUUGAACGAGUAUACUGAGAAGAAAAACGAAAAUGACCGUAACGACAGUACUGUCAAGGCAGAUACAGACUUCUGGGGUAAACUUGAAGAGGAAUGGUACAAUCUUGCCAGACAGAAUAUUGAUGAGCAUCCUUGGUUGGCUGAAUAUUCGUCUGAAAAGGACUACACAUUUGAAGAAAAUAACCCUAUGAUGGCAGUAGCAAAUCCUUACGAAGAAGGCUUGAAGAAAUUAAAAGAAGGAGACAUUGUCAGUGCAAUACUACUUUUUGAAGCCGAGGUCCAACAGCGUCCAGAGCACGCGGAGGCAUGGCAGUAUCUUGGUACAAGUCAGUCAGAGAACGAACAAGACAACUUAGCAAUACCUGCUUUAAACAAGUGUUUAAGUCUUCAAUCUGAGAACUUGACAGCUUUAAUGGCUUUGGCUGUUUGUUACACCAAUGAAUCCCUUCAAUCCCAGGCAUGUGAUGCAUUAAAACUUUGGUUGAGAAAAAAUCCGAGAUACUGUAGUUUAUUGGACAACACCACUAAAACCAAUGAAAAGUCACCACAAAGUCCAACGUUCACCAGCUCUAUUAUGUCAAAUUCUAUGUACAAUGAAGUUCGUGAAUUGUACAUAAAGGCGGCACAACUUGCUCCUGAUAAUGAUAUUGAUGCUGAUGUUCAGAUCGGUCUCGGAGUCCUCUUCAAUCUCUCGGGAGAGUACGAUAAAGCAGUUGAUUGCUUUCAAGCAGCAUUGCAGACCAAUCCCUGUGAUGCUCUCAUAUGGAAUAAACUUGGAGCCACUUUAGCCAAUGGCGGGAAAAGCGAAGAAGCUGUGGACGCAUACCGUCAUGCACUGGAGUUCAGCCCUGGUUAUGUUCGCGCUCGGUAUAACCUGGGAAUUAGUUGUGUGAAUUUGAAAGUAUUUUAUGAAGCCGUGGAACAUUUUUUGACGUCUUUGAAUAUACAAAGAAAGGGUGUACGUAAAGGUCGAGAAAAUACGUCCACGAUGUCCGAAAGUAUUUGGACAACACUGCGCAUGUCUUUAUCACUCAUGGGAAAACCUGAAUAUCACGAGGCUGUGGAUAGUCGGGAUUUGGAUUAUCUCAAUCAGCAGUUUAAUAUACAGAUAAUCCAGGAACCGACUUAGAUAUUUAUGGCGUAGAUUGUCCAAUGUAUUAGCUUUAGUGAAAUGAAUGAUUCCGAAGAGCAGGAGAUGCCGUAAUUUAACAGCGUGCAGUACCCAUGACAUUACAAAGGUUAUGAAAUUGAAUAUACCACUAAAAAACACCGAUGAUGCACAAGGACUUCUGUAUGAUCAGCUGCUAACCAAAGAACUUUAUUUUCUUCCUUUUUAAUCGUCAACCACAAAUCUGUAUGAUUUACUAUAGCAUUGAUUGUUUUUCAUUUAGCGCGUUGGUUGUAUAAAUGAUAGCAGAGACGUUUUAAUGAUGGUUCUACUUUUGGUUCACUACAAACAGCACAAUUGCAGAUAAUUAUUUCACAAGACGUUUGACCCAUGUUGUAAUUGUUGAUAAAUUGAUGUAAAUUGGAAAGAAAGAAAUAAGAAAAAAAUCUCACAGCUCUUUGGCUGUUAGUGACGCAAA